AUGUCGACACUCGACUUCCAAUUUGAUGACUUGCCUGCUGAUGAAGAGCCACAAGAUGUCAGCCCGAUCGCUGGCCCUGCAGGGGGCUCCAAUUCGUCCAUCUCUAGCUUGGCCCAGUCGGACCGUACGCCGAUAGCAAAGGGAAAGAGACGACGGCUGAGUGUGCACUAUGCGGACGAGGAGGGGGAGGAUGACUUGCAUGCCCACGACAUGGAGGCGUCACGCUCAGACCAGUCGCAUGGCAUGUCGAGCCCAAUGGCGAGACUAUGGACGCACGCAAAUGAUCGCACACCCCAUAGGACUCACUCGGAAGGCGAUCACAGCUCGACCAGUAACGGCACUUCGAACGGAUCCCCGUCCAGCCAACAGGUAGCCCGCAAUGGCAUAGAGAUCAGCAGUCCCUCUGGCACGCGACGGAUGUCCAUGGACGGCGCAGAUGACGAUCACGGGCUCAGCACGCCUACAGACCUCAACAAGUCUAGCCAUCUCUCGCCGAUGAGCAUAUCGCCCCGUCGAGGGAGGAGCUCAAAUACAAACUUGAGCUCAUCGCCUGCGCGGUCCACUGCGCUCGCAGCUGCAUCGCCUGCUCAUCCAAAGAUGCUGCUCGGAUCGCCGAUGGGCAGUCCGACAGGCCAUGCUUUUGACGUCGUCCACGCCUCAAGGGCGGCCGUUCCGCCACAUUUGGCGGGCAGUCCGGCCAGGCGAGCUUCUUCGCCUAGCAGACUCGGCCCGCCGAACGGUCUGCUCUCGCCUCGGUUCGGUCCUGCACAUGCUUCACCUGUGCUUUCGCCUCUGCAUAGCUCGUCAAUGCCCAACUUUGGGUCAGCCCGACUAUCGCCCUGUGCGAUAGAUAUACUGGCGGUAGAUGACCCUAAUGAGCAUUGGCCGGAUGAGCAUAGAAUCGGGCCUGCCCAUUCCUCGCCCUCACACGCGCCAGCCUCUCCUGGCUCGCUCAACUUGCCGGGUCCGUCCUCACUUGUACCGCCACUGACGCUCACUCCGCCGCUCUCGCCUCAUGAGGAGCCUGAGAAAUUACUGCAAGACAGUCCGGCGCAGCCUGGCAAGCUAUCGCCAACGCUUGAGGGCGACGCGACUGUCGCGUUGACUGCCAGGGGUCGGACCUUAUCGCCGACCGGCGAAAAGAGACGACACCGGCGAACGCCUUCAUCCUCUUCGCCCGCAGGUAGCCCCGUCGAAAGCUUCCUCGAUACAUUCACACCAACCGAGGACAGCAGUCAUGCUGCAGCUUUGCUCUCUUCCAGCCCGAUCCACUCGGAGCCUCCGCUAAACGAGCAGCGCGCAACCUCGCCUGUUCAUAGCGAGCCUCGCGCUAUUGUUUCUCAUCCUGGGCUUGAGAUGCCGCCGCCUUCAGGCUGGGAUCUGUCCGAAGAUACGGAUGACUCGCCGACAAGCAGUCCAAUUCAGACAUCCGCUGUGCUACAAGCUCAGCCUGAUCCCCAUCAGCAGAUCGACUCUAUCGACCCCUCAGAACUGACUGAGCCAUCUUUCUCUUUCCAAGCGCUGGCAGAGACAAGCGAGCCCACCAUGUCUGAUCUGUCCGAUACCGGUCUCGAUCUUGAGGACGAGAGCCUGAGUAUUCUGGAACGCGUCUUUCUCUAUGCGAAAUCAGAGAAUGCCUUUACUGUCGCGCAAGCGCUAGCGGAAUGGCUCGAAGAAGUCGAUAUCUGCGAAAGCGUCGAGUUCAUCUUGCCACUGCUGAACGGUCUUGCGCAAGACGAGGAAGAUGUCAGAAUAGGACUCGCACGAACGCUCGACAAGAUUCUGCUGUACUACUUCACUCGAUGUCCGCUGGCUGAGCUCGAUAUGCCCGAGUCGGCCCCUGCGAGCACUCCUGCUGCAGGCACCUCAAAGCCAAUCGAAGGAGGGCGACCCCCGAGCCUGUUGGAUGUUGCCCACAUGCGCGACGCUGUUCAUAGCAGCGAUCAGGUCUCGAUUGGCACGACCUCCUCCUCUUCCACACUUGUAGGCUCGUGUGGCAAUUCUACCGCGGAUGACACUCCGAAGACGGAGCAUCAAUUAGAGGACAUCACACCUCGCAAGAUCGUCGCUCGUUUGCCAACAGUCUCGGUCGGAGCCUUCACGCAGCUCUUGCUCGGUCUGUUGACGGACGAGCUCAAUGAGAUUUCCAGCUCUGCCCAAUCUGCGCUCAUGCGUUUCUUAUGCCAACUUUGCGGCCGGGAAUACGAAGAGCCUGCGUACCCCCCGCCGGAAAUACCAUCGUUCGCUGCGCACGCUCCAGAGGAGCGAAGCCACGCGCAUCCGCCGUACAGCGUGAGCUCGGAAGCACAGGAGCUGAUAAAAACAACGAUCGCACUCGAUGUCGUUCUGACACUGCUGCAAGCAGAUCACGAGAAUGCAGCAUCUUCUCAGAUGCAAGGUGUAGAACUAUCGAGUCCGCCGGCGCAUGAUGCCAUACACCUCGACGAUCGCGCACAGUCGCCAAGUGCAGCCUCUCCGGCAACCAGCGAGCCUGAGCUCAAUCUGGCAGACCCUGCCGAGCUUUACUAUCGACAAGAUCCUCAUACGGUGAAGAACGAGGAUGGUCACACCUUCGAAGUGGUCCAGGCCGAGAUCAUGGGCUUGCAUUUGCUACAUUCAGUGGCGGACAUCGAAAUAUUUGAAGGCGCCUUCCUGGCUACCAACUUUAUGCGCGAUGUUUUCAUGCUUGCCCAACGUCAGCAUCCCAGUACAAGGCUGCUUGCUAUAUCUACUAUCGGCGCACUAGCACGCACGAUACCUCGGGAACAGGUCACAGAUGCCGUCUUGCCGCUACAUCAUAAGCUAGGCUUCGACAAUGACCCGCAGACGCGAAGGGCAGCCUGCUUAAUACUUCCCGAGAUAUGUAAGCGGCUCGACUUGCAUGGCCGAUCCGCAGAAGUCCAGAGGGCUUGCGAUAGCUGCAUCACCGACGCGUCCGCAGACGUGCGCAUCGGCCUUCUGGAGGUCGCUGGCCAACUUAUACAUCUGUUCGCCGAAGCGAGUGACCGCGUGCCGCAGCAACUCUUGCAGUUCUACUUGGCUGAAGACGACAGACCACCUAGGCAGGAAGCAGACAUGGAUACAUCAGAGGAUACCCCCUUUGCCCCGCUUGUGCCUUCCUUCGGCGAAGACGAGACCGCGUCAAGCAGCAACGGGGGUGACCAGUCUCCUUGGGCAGCAGAACAUGCGUUGAUAAACGCAUUCAAGUCUUCUCGUCGGAGCUACGAGCGUUCCAUCAUCUGCGCCUUCAACUUCCCGGCCGUGAUUCAGACUUUGGGUAGAGACCGGUGGCCAGAAGUCCGAGAAUUUUAUCUCGAACUUGCCCGCGAGAGUCAGAUGGGCGUCAGACGAAGUCUCGCCGCUUCUAUCUUCGAAGUCGCACGCAUUGUUGGCCCAGUGAUCACCAACAGUGACCUGGUCGAACCCUUCUCAGCGUUCGUAACAGUAUCAGACGAUGCCCAGGCAUGCGUUCUAGAGCACUUUGGCGACUUCGUGUCUAACCUGACGCCAGAGACAGCCAGCUCGCAGAUAGCCAUGCUGAUUACUGUGCUCAAAGGCGACAGUACCCCUGCAUGGCGAGUGAGGCUGGCAAUUGCGAGCCAACUAUCCGCUAUCGGAAAUGCCUACGGACGAGGAGGUGCUGAUGACCCAUGGUGGCACCUGAUCUCGACAUGCCUGGUCGAUGAGGUUUCCGACGUACGGGUUGAGACUGCCAAUGCGGUCGCUCUCAUGCUUCUGCAUGCCACCGAUCAGAAUUUAGCCUCGCGGUUGAUACGCAGUCUCCAUCUUGAACUUGUCAGCGAUGCUUCUUACCGGCGACGCAUGGUAUCGCUACUCCUACCGCGCGCAUGUCUUCACCAUCUAAUGCCCAUCGCGGACUUUAUGCGGUAUUUUUGUUCAACCCUCUUGCAGCUUGCUCAAGAUCGCAUCGUGGAUGUGCGAUUAGCCACCGCUCGCAUCGCGCUCACAUUAUGCGAGGAGGUGAAUCGGAAUUCCACCGAAAGUGACCACGAUGCCAUAAGCGAGCUGCUCGACUGCUUGCGUGACGAUACGUCAGCGACCAUACGUGAAUUGUUCGACGGGGUGCGAUUAUGGACUCCCCCGGGCUCAGGGCCUUCUACGGCAUUUGACUCGCGAGCUGCCACCACUAGCUCGUUCGACGACGAUGACGACGAGCUGCUCAAUUUGCCAGACGACCUCACCGACUCUGCUAUCCGCGAAUUAGAUGCAAACGAUGAUGCCUUGGCCGAGGAUGCGCAGAUCGAGACCAAAUUUACCGAUAGCGAUGACGAGUCGGACACAUCAUCUGUGCUUACGAUCGCGCUUGACAAGACACAUCACGCUGCAGAUGACUUGCCCGAUGAUGUCAAUUCCAAACGAUGGAUUCCACCGCGUCAGACGGAAAUCGAUGGCUUCGUGCAUUUAGAUUCAGCGAGCUUGUAG